UAGGGAUCCUUGAGCACCAGGAUUGAGAACCAUUGGCAUAGAGGACUGUGACCCCUCAAUCCUCAUUCUGGUCUGUUGCAGGUGGGUGACCAAAUACUGGAAGUAAACGGCCAGAGUUUUAUCACUAUUUCCCACGAUGAGGCGGUUAACAUCCUGAAAUCAGGACGCCACCUGCUGAUGAAAGUGAGAGACGUGGGCCGUCUGCCUCAUGCACGCACGUUUGUGGAUGAGCCCAAAUGGGUCUGCAGUCAGACCAUAACUGAGACCAACGCCACGGCUAGCACCAAUUCUGUCCCCAAACCCAGUGUCAGUGCUGGUGUUAGUACCAGUGCCAGCAGCACAAGCAGGCUGGAUACAGAUGUGUUGGCCCACCUGGAGCUCAGGUGUCUCUGGAACAGCAGUCCUGCAUGCUACUUACUGAGCAGGAAAGGGAGACCAUGUCCUACUACCUCCAGGAGUAUCAGGAGGGACACAUCUGUGUGGAACCACUGGCCAUGGCUCUGUUUGAGCUUUUCAACACGCAAGCAAAGCUGUCCUUGUUAUCAGAGGUUAGAAGCUUGGUGGCCUCCCAUGACCUGGAGUUGUAUGACAGGCUAGUGUUGACCCGUGAGAGAGAGGCUCAUCAAGCUUGGCAAGGAGGUCUGGGAGUCUUUCAUCCACCAGGACACUUCAACCAUGUAGCUUCAGUGAUACAAACUGCAGGAAACCCCAUCCUUCCACAGGAUGAGAUGAGGGCUCCAAAUGAAUCUCCUCCAUGCUUCAGAGCUGCUCCGUACAAGACCCAGAACCUGGUGACCAGAGAGAACGAACUGAACCUGAAGCCUUCGGCCCGACUUGUGCAGCCCACAUCCAGUCUGCUCUUCACAGGGCUGACUCGGCUGCAGCAGGACUGCCCCCACAAGUCCCCCACACAUGUCUCUGCCACCCACUCCCCCCCGACAACAUCUGGUCAGCACCCCUGUGCUGGUGCCAGACACCACACCUCCCUUAAUGCCCUUCAUCACACAUGCCAGAGCUCCUCACAGCUUUCUGACCACCCCCAGUUCACUCAACAUAUCCACCAUCAUGCUGCUCACCAAAACCGACCCAGUUCUGGACACCACACUUGUCCAGGCUUCUUACACCAUCGGGACUCGUCUCCAUCUGCCAGACCUGAGGCUUUGGCUAAAUUUUCCUCCAGAUCAAGCUCCUAYGAAAAGUCUUCUGUCUUCUCAAAAUCUGCAUCCUCAUCAAAGGCAGGGUCUCCAAUGCCGUCCCCUCACCUAUCACCCCAUCCUUCACCAUGUCCCUCUCCAUGCCCAUCUCUCAUCACGCCUGCUGCUUCGUCCUGCAGUCCUGACCRGCCCUGCUCACCUGCACUCAGCCAGAAAAUCAUUAUAACGGAUAUGAACCGUCUGUCUGCAGAGUCCAGACAACCACAAAGAGGAGCUCCACUGUCUCAGCUGUCAGACAGUGGACAGACUCUGAGUGAAGAUAGUGGAGUGGACAUAGCAGAAUCAGGAGGCCUUUGUAAAGAUGGCAGCCCUCGACCAAACAAGAACAGGCUUUGUCUUCUGGAACAGCAAGGGCCCUAUGCACCUUUUUCAGGGGCCACCAUACCAAUGAACUCACCCAGUCCAGCCCCCUGUGCUGUCUUAGUACGGGUUGUAAAAAAUGCCAACACSCUGGGAAUUGCAAUAGAGGGCGGAGCGAAUACACGCCAACCUUUGCCACGCAUUGUCACCAUUCAGAAAGGAGGCUCCGCCCACAACUCUGGACGGCUGAAGGUGGGUCAGGUCAUCCUGGAAGUGGACGGUGUUUCCCUGAGGGGUCGGGAGCACAAAGAUGCUGCCCGGAUCAUCGCAGAGGCCUUCAAGACCAAAGAGAAGGACCACGUGGACUUCCUGGUGGUUGAGCCAGGUCUAUAACAUGAAGACCACAUUCAAAUAUCAGACUCUACAAAAACUCCUAUUGUUAGUUGUUAGAAUUUAUGUAGAGUAUUACAAACUGGAACAUCACUUAARAUACCUGAAUUAAAUGUCUAUUCUUUUUUAUAUUUGUAAGAAGUAUAUGAACUUCAGAAGAGAUCUGUUUCCUACUCGUGUCCUACAACUAAUCAUCUGUAAAGAGAGAACCAGAUGACAGUCAGUCAAAGUCUUUGAAAUAGUUUUAGUCUUCAUAACAGCUACACUUUUAUAAAAAUCUGACAGAAUAAUUUUAAUCAUUAUUUUUGUUGUUCGCAGAAGAAUAAACAUCAGAUCAGGAUUAGUGAGACUGUUGGCCCCAGGGCUGGAGAUCAUGUUGGAGGCCCUACUAACAUUAUAUUUAACUGUAAUGGUUCUGUGUACAUUAACUUUACACAGAGCUUAAUGUAAUACUGAACGUCUGAAGCACAACAAAUAUAGACCUACCAUCUGAAUUUAUGCUACAAACURUUAUAGCUCAAAAUUAUACAAUGUAAAGUUGGUUAGUAAAACUUAAGUACUGUACUAACRUUAAACUGUAAAGAGUUUUAAACACAGGUGGUCAACGAAGGCUUCAACAGAUUUCAGCCAUUUUCAGUGAGAUGUUAAAAGAAAAGAGAACAAUAAACUGCAUCAGACCAGAUCAAACUGACAGAUUAAUAUUUCAGAUCUCACCCUCCUUUGUUAAAGUUUUAYUCCACUACUUUCAGAUUGGUUGACAUGUCAUGUCCUUUCAGCAAUAAGUCGUUCAGCUGUACAUUUAACACAAACAGGAUUUAAACACUAUUGCACUGGUUCUGCAGAAGAAAGCUAGACUUGAACUGUUCUAUGAAUUGUUCUAGUUUAAAAAGAAAAAAAGGAUUUAUACACAAGUUUUUGCCCCACCUUUCUCCUCACAUCUGUUUUCAUGCCCGGCUCAUACCUUUCUUGAUGCUGUGUUAAAGGGACAAAAUUUUAUUAAUAAUGGUUUCCAGUAAGAGCGAGUCUUAAUGUCAUGAGGAAGCAGAAGUCAGCAGAAUAAAGAGCACUGAUGGAAAAGUUA